UCGUCAUGGUGCAACAACCAGCUCAUGCAAAACAUUUCAGCAGCAGGCAUGUGACUGUGACACAGCUUUAACCCUGAGCAGCACCAACAUGGCCGGCUCACUACCUCAUCCUGCUGACCAACACGUUGAUGCCUCGCUCACUCCUGACACACAGCGUGAUGUCAUCCAUGUACAGGAGGAAGCAGAAGCAGAUGCAGACGACCUCCACCUCAGGAUGGUGCUUGUUGGGAGAACAGGAGUUGGGAAGAGUGCAUCAGGAAACACCAUCUUGGGAAGAAAAGCCUUUAAAUCUGCAUCCUCUUUUGCUUCAGUGACGUCAGAGUGUCAGAAGGAAACAGGAGAGGUGGAUGGACAAACACUGGCUGUCGUCGAUACUCCAGGACUGUUUGACAUCACCGUGUCUGAAGAGGAGGUGAAGGAACAGUUUGUUAGAUGCAUCUCCUUUGCUGCUCCUGGUCCUCACGUGUUCCUGAUCGUUGUCCAGAUCGGCAGAUUCACCAAAGAAGAACAAGAAACAGUGAAAAUCCUUCAGGAGAUCUUUGGAAAAGAAGCAGCAGAUUAUACUAUGGUGCUGUUCACACAUGGAGAUGAUGUGGACAAUGAAGCUAACAUAGACAAAUUAAUAAAUGGAAAUCAGCGUCUGCAUGGCUUCAUCAGUCAGUGUGGUGGAGGAUAUCAUGUUUUUAAGAACAGAAGUGAGGAUGUCUCUCAGGUCAGGGAACUGCUGGAGAAGAUCAACACCAUGGUUCAGAGCAACGGGGGAAAAUGUUACACCAAUGAGAUGCUGCAGGAGGCUGAGAGAGCCGUCAGAGAAGAGACUGAACGAAUUCAGAGAGAAGAUACAGAGAUGGUGGAAGAAAAAGAAGCAGCAGGUGCAGGAGGACAGGAAGAGAAAAAGAAGAAGUUCCUGAAGAGCGUGGGGAUCGGAGCGGGUGCUGGAAGUGUGCUGGGUCCAGUGGGAGCAGCACUGGGAGCCGCAGUGGGAGCUGCUGUUGCAGCAGCAAAAGAGAAAAAAUGUGUCAUACUGUGAUAUGAAAAGCAAUUUUAAUGUUAUCAUCAUCAUUAGUUACUGAUCAUCUGACCUGUAAGAAAUUAUUUUCAUUCACAACCAUCAGUAGGUCAUAUUAUGGAUUAAAAUGAUAUUAUGGAUAAUUUGACAGCUGACAAACUGCACCUGACUUCCUGAAUAUCAGUAUCCAACACAUUUUUGUUCCUGUGUAAUAAAAAUAAAAUGUUUCUUUGUAAAUAAAAAGCUCAGUGAAUCCCAGAGUGGAUCUGUGGCAGGA